AGUUUUAUCUUUCUGAGUGGUCAGAUCACCUCGCACAGAAAAAUGCAUCAAACAAUUCAACACGUGGAGAGAGUGUUCUACACCGCCUUAGCUUUUAUCGGCACCCCUGUAAAUUUACUGGCAAUUGUUAUCCUUUCCCGGGGAAAAUGUGGAGUAUCCCCUUGCACUACUCGUUACCUGGUGGUUAUGGCAGCUGCUGAUCUGAUGGUCAUCUUCACUGAUGUUAUACUGACAAGCUUUCGCACUUAUUAUUACCCGCUCUGCUUCCUGGACAUCACACCUGUGUGCAGUGUCAACAUGGUGCUGUUCCGUACAGCCAGGGACUGCUCCGUCUGGUUCACCAUCACUUUCUCCUUUGAUCGAUUUGUGACCAUCUGUUGUCGGAAGCUCAGAACGAUGUAUUGCACCGACAAAACUGCAGCUGUGGUCCUCACAUCAACCAGCGCACUACUCUCUUUGAAAAACAUCCCCUUCUAUUUUCAGUUUGAACCAUGGAGGAUAAUCGAAAAUGUACCGUUCUACUGUAAAACAAAGUCAGGCUACUUUACUGAGACUUGGUGGGUGGCGUUAGACUGGCUGGAUACUGUUUUAACUCCUUUACUGCCAUUUGCUUUAAUUCUGUUGUUCAAUGCAUUAACAGUCAAACACAUUUUAGUCGCAAGUCGUGUUCGGAAGAGGCUGAAGGGUGAGAGCAAUGGUCAGAAUCACAGAGACACAGAGUUGGAGAGCAGAAGGAAAUCUGUGAUUUUGCUUUUUGCCAUCACUGGGAGCUUCAUCCUUCAGUGGUCAAUGAUUGUUGUAUAUUUCUUCUCUUACAUCUUUCAGGGUAACAAUAGCGCUGAUUACUCAUCUUUUCUACUUCACUUCAAAAAAAUUGGUAUAAUGCUACAGAGGUUAAAUUGUUGCACAAACACAUUUAUUUAUGCAGCAACAUUGUCCAGGUUCAGAGCGAAAGUACAAAUUCUAAUUGAGAAAGAAUUCAGUAGUGUAGGGGCGGAGAUCACCGUGGGCAUGUUAAGCUUCUUCUCCUCAUACCUCAAAAAUAACAUUGCAAGGCAUUGGGCAAAACUGCUCUGUCUCCAAAAACAUUCUUUGAAGAACGAAAGAAGCGUGCAGUACGAGAGGCUCCAUCCAAAAGAAAACCUCCUGCUUUUCCAGCGGUGCUUGUUGCAUUAUAUCACUUUCCCAAAUAUCCAUCAUAACUCGAGUCCAGUCAUGUUGAAGAUCGAGAGAAUUGGAAAUAAUUGCAGAGACCCAGAGAUGGAGAGCAGAAGGAAGUCUAUGAUUUUGCUGUUAACCAUCUCUGUUACCUUCAUCCUCCCGUGGUUAAUCAAUGUUGCAAUAUUCUAA